UUAUAGUAAGAAAAGUAAAUACCACAUGGGCCACACGCAAGUUUAAUAAUAUAAUGGAUCUACAGCUUAAUGUUUAAGAUACACAGCACAGUUUGAAUUGCGGAGCGAACUGGGAUUAAAGCGCGCAUGCGCAGGCACAGCUGAUGUCAGUCAGUGCCUGGUCGUGAUUACCACGUGCACGGAAUUUAUUUGUUGUUGUGGUGUUUUUUUAUUUAUUUUAAUUUUUAUUGAGUUAUAUUGAGUGUUUUAAAGUUGCAAAAAUAGUGAAGUUUUUUUAAUGACACUCGGAGAUAUGAGUCUUAUGUUAAAUAUCUCUUCGGCCUCUUCGCCGAAGACAGAGGCGCGGAAGGGCUCAAAUAAAAAUACCACUAAAAAAUCAAUAGAAGAAAAAAAAGUGACUAAUAAAAAUGAAGAUAGUAAAAAAAGAGUUAAGCAAAAAUCAUUGGCGGCAAUUGUUGCUCAGAAUCGAAGCCGUGUAACUAAACUUGCUGCGACAAAUGCAGAUUCUAAUGUAAAGUUAACUGGAAUUUUAAAAAAUAAAAGUAAAGAUAAAGAAGAAAAUAAAAGUAGUGAACUGAUUACUUUUGUAAAACCUUCGUCGACUGGCUUAAAAACAAUUUUAGCUAAACCGAAAGUUGACAAGGCUAGUAAAUCUUUGGCUGAUAUUUACAACACAAAAUCAGAUGAUAAAUCUAGUAAAGUAGCUGAUACUUUUAAUAAAAAAUCUAAAUCAGAUUCUAAUUUGUUAUUGAAUUCCACUGUUACUGACGAUUCGCGAGAGAAAAAAACUGAAGAGUUGCCUGUAAAAAAUUUUACUGAUGACAGAUCGAAUUUUAAAAACAAAAGAUUUGGCGAUAACUCAAGAGCUAAAAAUAAUAAUGAAAAAAAAUACGAUAAAGAACGAGUUUAUAAUAACAAACCGUCUGGAAAAAUAUCCUCGCUGUUUGGAAAUAAUCCAGAUAUUCCAAAAAUUGGGCAAAGACUUGUUAAGCCGGUUAAUGAACCAGUUUUCAGUAAAGUCACAUUCGCUGAACUUGGUAUUCAUCCACAUGAAGUAUCGAAUUUAGAGAAAAAUAUGGAAAUUUUUCAUGCAACAAUAGUCCAGCAAAAAUCAAUCCCUAAAAUUUUAUCUGGAAAAGACGUUUUAGUUAGAUCUCAAACAGGUUCCGGUAAAACUUUAGCCUACGCACUGCCGAUUGUUGAGUCAUUGCAGAAAAUAAGACCGAAAUUAUCGCGAAAUGACGGACUAAAGGCUUUAGUAGUCGUACCGACCCGUGAAUUAGCUCUCCAGACUUACGAGUGUUUCAUAAAACUAAUUAGGCCUUUUACGUGGAUUGUACCGGGAUACUUAGUUGGUGGAGAGAAGAGAAAAGCUGAAAAGGCUAGAUUGAGACGUGGUUGUACUAUUUUAGUCGCUACACCAGGUAGAUUAUUGGAUCACAUAAAGAACACUGAAGCCUUGAGAGUAAAUGAUGUCAACUGUUUGGUGUUGGAUGAAGCUGAUCGCAUGCUCGACAUGGGUUACGAGAAAGAUAUAUCCGAAAUUGUGUCUGCGUUAAAUGUAUCACAGUCGAACGAGAGCUCUGGGUAUGAUCCGAUGAAGUUACUUCGUCAGAACUCCGUUAAGAAAUUUGAUGAUGAAAUUGAGCAAGAAACUGCGGUACAAUGUGUUGAAGAAGAAGAGGAGGAAGAGGAGGAGGAUGAAGAAGAAGAAGAAAGUAAAGAGUAUCAUUCAGCCACAGAUAGUGACAAUGAUUCUGAAGACUUGGCUGUUAAAAAACAAAAAGCUAAAAAAUUAAAUAAAGAAAAAAAUAAAUCCAACGAUAGCAGUAAUGAAGAAAAUAAAAGUACGACUGCCAGUGAAGGUAGACGUUCGAUUAUUUUGUUAUCGGCAACUUUGACGAACGCGGUUGAAAAACUCGCCGGGCUCACUAUGACCAAUCCAGUACUUAUCGACGCCGCUGCAGAUAAUUUAAAAAAUUCAACUGGUAAUAUGAGUGACAUUAAUGAAGAUUUAAUUGUACCUCAAAGUGUUAUUCAGAGUUACGUCGUUAUACCGCCGAAAUUAAAGAUGGUUACACUGGCCGCUGCUAUUAUAGGGCUUUGUAAGCGCGCUGGUCAGCAUAAAAUUUUGGUAUUUAUGGCAACGCAAGACAUGGUGGAUUAUUACACAAAUAUUUUAUCUUCAACGCUAACUAAAUUAGAUGAUAAUGAUAAUGAUGAUGAUGAUGAUGAAGAAGAUGAAGGGAUGGAUCCUCUAAUAGACGUGGAAUUUUUUAAAUUACAUGGGAGCAUGACGCAAAAAGAAAGAACGGAAGUCUUUAAGACUUUUAGACUGUCUCGUACGGGCGUUCUUCUCAGUACGGAUGUAGCAGCCCGUGGUUUAGAUUUACCGAAAGUAGACAGUGUAAUUCAGUACACCGGACCUUUGUCAGCGCGCGAUUAUGUCCACCGAAUUGGACGUACGGCUCGUGCAGGAACCUCAGGCACAGCGAUUAUUUUCUUGACGCCGCCGGAAAUAGAAUUCAUCCGCAUGCUCGAGUCACGUAAGAUACGCAUAAAACAAGAGGACAUGGAUGAGAUAUUGGCGAAGCUGAUGGGACCGCUGUCGCGACAGCACACGAUCCAAGAAGCCGCCACAAGUCUGCAGAAUAAAUUUGAGAACUUUUUGCUGAAUGACAGUAAGCUGUACAACGCGGCCUGCAAGGCUUAUUCCUCCUGGGUACGCUUCUACACGAGUUAUCCACGGGAUAUGCGCGAGAUCUUUAAUCGGCAAACUCUUCACUUGGGUCACUAUGCCAAGAGCUUUGCUUUGAGAGAUCCGCCCCAGCGAAUUGGCUCUGUCAACAAACAGAUCCGUGAAAAAAAUCCUGAGAAGCCGGUUCAUAAUAAUCGUCUAUCUAAUAACAGGCCUGAAAGAAUAAGGCACAAACAAUCCAAGGAGCAUGGACUCGGUGCCGGCGCAUUAAAACGAUCACGAAUGCUAAAUGUUUCCGAGUAUGGAGAUGGAUUGGCGCCUAUGAAGAAAUCUAAAAAAUAAUUGUUAGGUUUAUUUUAAUUGUAAAAAUAUUUAAUAAAUAUUUUUAAUAAAGAA